AUGGCGAUGGAAUACAUUAAUUACAUCAAGGCCAAGGCCCAUCUUGUAACAGCACGCAGGUCAGAAGCCCCGGUACUAUCUGAAGAGGAUGAGAAGUUCCUGGAUCGAAUUACAUCCCAAGAAAAUCCUCCUCCACUCCCCGCCCGCCCUGGGGCCGCAUCGGUAGGCAAGGAUGCCCAAAUUGCUCUUAUGGACGGGGCUCAAAACAUUCCUCUGCCUCCCGAGACUCCAAGUGAACUCAGCGAAGAGCCAGCAAUGCUCCAGGCAGAUGCAAAUGACGCAACAGAUGACACCCAGUCCAAGUCAAAGGCGACCUGGAGCUGGCUCAGACGUGACAGUCGAGACGUCAAACGCCAAAAGAACGAAGCCAUUGCAGCUGGCUUAGAAGACAUCGCUGCUAGCCUUAGAAAGCGGGAGCUGGAAGACAACGAGGAAGUCAAGCAGGCCAGGCAGGAAGAAGAGGACAUGACCAUCGUACUGGAACGGCUCAACCUCGCGGCGGUUAACAAUCGAGUCUUCUCCAUUAGUGACGAAACACAAGAACUGUUACAGAAAUUCAAUCUAAUCUUCAAAGACCUGGUCAACGGUGUCCCAACCGCAUACGAUGACCUGGAAAAGUUGUUGACGAAUGGUGACCGGCAAUUGCAGAAGACCUUCAAUUCACUACCAAGCUUUCUGCAGAAGCUCAUCGAGAGACUUCCGGAAACCAUGACGAAAGGGUUUGCGCCCGAGAUGAUGGCUGCAGCGGCCGAAAGGGCCCAGAAGAGUGGUGUCAACAUGGACAACGCAGGCAAGGCGGCUGCGGCGGCCAAGAAGAUGGGAUUCAAAACCCCUUCCCUAAAAGAAUUGGUGGGCAAGCCAACCGCCAUCACAGCCGCGCUCAGAUCAAUCAUGAACUAUCUUCGGGCGCGAUUUCCAGCUUUCAUGGGUAUGAACGUGCUGUGGUCUCUGGCACUAUUUGUGCUACUCUUUGUCUUCUGGUACUGUCACAAACGUGGUCGAGAAGUUAGGCUAGAAAAAGAACGCAAGCUCACAGAAGAGGAGGUGCAAAAGCUGGACGUGGACUACAAGGCAGAGCAUCCGGGUGAAGACUUGACGACCACCGCUGAGAAAGGGGCCUCCAUUCAAGAUGUGCAAGCUGGCAUGGAGGAGGUUCAGGCCGCAAAGGAAGCGGUGGAGGUAUCAGACCAGCCUGUCGAAGUGGAGCCCAAGGUGGUUCCUCCAACGACGCAGGCGCCGUGA